AUGAGUGAUUCCGAGUCCCAGUACUCGUUGUCUGCGACACCGUCGCCGCAGAAACCAAAGAAGAAGCCUCUUUCUAAUUCUACAAAUACCACCAAUGGCUCAAAGUCCUCGGCUAGUGAUCAGUACCAGAAGCUUUCCCAGCUCGAGCACAUCUUGAAGCGUCCAGACACCUAUAUUGGGUCUGUUGAGAAGUUCGAGUCCGAGCAAUGGAUCUUCAACGAGGAGACUCAGUCCAUGGAAAAAAAGCUUGUGAACAUUGUUCCUGGUCUGUUCAAGAUCUUUGACGAGAUUCUGGUCAAUGCUGCAGAUAACAAAAUUAGAGACCCAUCGAUGAAGAAGAUCGACGUCAAGAUCGACGCAGAGAAUAACGCGAUCUCCGUCAGAAAUGACGGAAGAGGUAUUCCGAUCGAGAUCCAUACCAAAGAACAGAUUUAUAUCCCAGAGCUGAUCUUUGGUAACCUGCUCACCUCGAGUAAUUACGAUGACGACCAGAGAAAAGUCACUGGUGGAAGAAACGGUUACGGAGCCAAGCUAUGUAACAUUUUCUCGACCGAGUUCACCGUGAAGACUGCCGAUAAAAACACCCAGCUGCUGUACUCGCAAACAUGGAGAAACAACAUGUCUGAGGCGGGCAAGCCAAAGAUCACCAAGAUGAAGAAGCAGGAAGAAUACACAGAAAUCAUCUUCAAGCCCGACUUGGCAAAGUUCGGAAUGGAGACCCUAGAUAGCGACAUUCUCGGGGUUUUAAGAAGAAGAGUGUACGAUCUGUGUGGUUCGGUGAAAGGAGUGAAGGUCAGCCUGAACGGGACCACUCUCAAGGUGCACAAUUUCAAACAGUACGUGGAACUGUACGUUAGAGCGCUGGAAAAAGCCAAGGGCCACAACGUUGAUGUUCCUGUCAAGUCUGAGCCUGCUGAGGACGGUGCCAUCAACCCGCUCCCAGCCCCAGAUCCGUUGCCCACAAUUGUGCACCAGGUCAUUGACGAUAGAUGGGAGAUUGCCUUUUCGAUCUCUGACGGUAACUUCAACCAGGUUUCUUUUGUGAACUCGAUUGCCACCACCUCGGGUGGUACGCACGUUGAAUUGGUUACCAACCUGCUCGUGGCAAAAAUCCAAGAACAAAUCAAAAAGAAGAGCAAGACCGCCAUUAUCAAGCCGUUCCAGAUCAAAAACAACAUGUUCCUUUUCGUGAACUGUUUAGUUGAGAAUCCAGCUUUCACAUCCCAGACCAAGGAGCAGCUCACCACCAGAGCGUCCCAGUUUGGUGGAAAGAAACUGGAGCUCCCAGAUUCGUUUGUGAAGAAAGUGCUCGCUUCUGGAAUCCUCGAUAGUGUUAUGGACAUUGCUGCUGCAAAUGCAGACAAGGCAUUGAAGAAAAACGACGGUAGCAGAAAGAGCAGACUUACUGGAUACCCUAAACUGGAAGAUGCAAACAAGGCAGGAACCAAAGAAGGACACAAGUGUACUCUGAUUCUGACAGAAGGAGAUUCUGCCUUGUCGUUGGCUGUUUCCGGUCUUGCUGUUGUCGGAAGAGAUUAUUACGGAUGUUAUCCACUUAGAGGUAAGAUGUUGAACGUGCGUGAAGCCAGUACCGACCAAAUCAUGAAAAACGCAGAAAUCCAGGCUAUCAAGCAGAUCAUGGGUCUGCAACAUAAAAAACACUACGACGCGUCCAACGUCAACACCCUGAGAUAUGGACACCUUAUGAUCAUGACAGAUCAGGAUCACGACGGUUCCCAUAUCAAAGGUUUGAUCAUCAACUUCUUGGAGACCUCGUUCCCUGGAUUGCUGGAGAUUCCAGAGUUCUUGAUCGAGUUCAUCACACCUAUUGUCAAGGUGACUAUUUUGACAGGUCCAAACAAGAACAAGAAGAUCUCGUUCUUCAACAUGCCCGAAUACGAGGAGUGGAGAGACACAGAGGGAAGAAGUUGCUCGUACAAGCAAAAGUACUACAAGGGUUUGGGUACUUCUCUUCCACUGGAAAUGAGAGAGUAUUUCAGUCAGCUUGACCAGCACUUGAAGAAGUUCCACACACUUCAAGAGGAGGACAAGUCGCUAAUUGAUCUGGCUUUCUCCAAGAAAAAAGCCGACGAUCGUAAAGAAUGGCUAAGAGGGUUCCAGCCAGGAACUUUCCUUGAUCCAUCGUUGACAGAGAUUCCUAUUUCUGAGUUUAUCAACAAGGAGCUGAUCUUAUUCUCCAUGGCAGAUAACAUUCGAUCCAUCCCGUCUGUUCUGGACGGUUUCAAGCCAACACAGAGAAAAGUUCUUUAUGGUGUUUACAAAAGAAACCUUACCGGAGAAAUCAAGGUUGCACAACUUGUUGGUUACAUUGGUGAACACUCCGGAUAUCAUCACGGUGAGGCCUCGUUGACGCAAACGAUUGUGUCUUUGGCACAGGAUUUCGUUGGCUCUAAUAACUUGAACAUCUUGAAGCCAAAUGGAGGUUUUGGUUCGAGAGCAUCAGGAGGUAAAGACGCCUCUGCUGCAAGAUAUAUUUUCACAGAAAUCACUCCAAUCACGCGGAAAGUUUUCAAUCCGCUAGACAAUCCUUUGCUCACUUACUUACAAGACGACGAGCAAACCGUCGAACCCCAGUGGUAUGUGCCUGUGCUCCCUAUGUUGCUUGUGAACGGAUCAGAAGGUAUUGGAUCUGGAUGGAGUACUCAAAUUCCACCCUUCAACCCUAUCGACAUUGUCAAGAACAUCAGGUGUUUGAUGAAUGGUGACGAGAUGAUUGACAUGGUUCCGUGGUUCAAAGGAUGGGAAGGUUCGAUCAGAAGAAUCGGUCCUGACAAGUUCAGGAUGGAAGGUAACAUCGAGGAGCUUGAUGACAAUACUCUGGAGAUCACCGAGUUGCCUGCUCGUAUGUGGACCAUCACCAUGAAGGAGUUCCUGUUACAAGGAAUUGCAGGAUCCGAGAAGCAGAAGCCAUGGAUCAAGGACAUGGAGGAACAGCACGGAGUUGGGAUCAAGUUCAUUGUGACUCUGAGUAACGAGGAAAUGGAAAAGUCAAGAAGAAUUGGUCUCAAGGAAAGAUUCAGGCUUGUUUCUGUGAUCAACACCUCCAACAUGGUUGCAUUUGAUCCGCAGGGAAGAAUAAAGAAGUACGACCACGUGAACCAGAUCAUUGAGGACUACUACCAUGUGAGACUUGAGUACUACCAGAAACGUAAGGACUACAUGGCGAACCUAUUUUCGAACCAGUUUGAAAAGCUCUCCUUCCAGGCCAAGUUUGUCAAGAUGAUCAUCGAUAGAGAGCUUUCCAUUAACAACAAAAAGCGUGCCGUUCUCGUUUCUGAGCUGAAGAGUCUUGGAUUCCCAGGUUUCGACAAGCAGAACAACCCUAUCAGAAUCACCGAACUGAACGAGGAGGAUGACGAGAAUGAUGAAGAGAAGGAGGAGAUCGUGCAAGACGCGACUGCUGUUGUUCAAGAAAAGAAGACUGCUGCCUCUGCGUACGAUUAUCUGUUGGGCAUGCAGCUUUGGUCUUUGACCCGCGAGAGAUACGAGCGGUUGCUCAAGCAGAGGGAUGAGAAGGAGGCCGAGCUGAACGAUCUGUUGAGAAGAAGCGCAAAAGACCUUUGGAACGAGGACUUGGAGGUGUUCUUGAAAGAAUGGGAGCAGUUCCUAUUGGAAGAUAAGGAGAACCGCGAGUCGAUGAGUGUUGGUAACCAGGCAAGCAAGAAGAGAAGAAGAAGACCAAAGGCAGAUGGUCCUAAAUCUCCGGCCAAGAAGAAGACCGCCGUCAAGAAAGAGACUCCGAAGCCAGUUGCUGCUGCCAAGCCUGAAGAGCCAAAAGAGCCCGAGUUCAAAAGCGUUUUCGGGGGUUCUGCGUCCAAGUUCAGUGCGGCCUCGAGCGUGUUUUCCACGGCAACUGCCAGUCCAGAGCCUACUGGUGCUGCUCCAGCAAAGGCGUCCUCGUUCUUUUCCAAGAAACCGGCUCCUAAGAAGGCCAAGAAGGUUGUCGAGUCUGACGAAGAAGUGCUGGGCUUGUCUGACGACGACGACGACGACGUGGCCACUCCUGUCAGCCGUGCCUCGUCCACACGGAAGAAGACCACCAAGUCGUACGUGCUGGACGAAGACGACGACUCGUUCGAAGAGCCAGAAGACGACGACGACUACGAAGGAUAG